AUGGCUCGCUCGGGGCCGCGCUCGCUGCUUCUGGGACCCGGCCGAGCGGCGGCGUGGGGCGCCCUCCUCCUGGCACUGCUAGGCUGCCGCUCCCUGCAGAGGCCCCUGGCGGCCCCGGGGGACGAAGCCCGCCCAGGGAGCCCCGGCCUGAUCCAGUGCGGGGAGUACAGCAACCAGGUGCUGCCCGACGGGCGCUGCAGGAUCACGGCCACGCUGCCACAGCUGGACGAGCAGCGCUGCCCGGACAUGUUCCGCUGCACGGACGAGGUCUCCUACUGGCUGCACGAGAACGAGGAGCGGAAGCAGCAGAUCCUGGAGCUGCGGGAGCUCAUCUCUGAGCUGCAGGAGGAGCUGCGCAACCACCGGCACCGCAUCAAGGUUCUGGAGCUGCAGCACGAGGAGAAGGCCAGCCGCAACGCGACGGUGGAGCAGCGGGUGCAGGACCUGGAGCAGCACUACCAUGAGGCCAGCGCCCUGCAGCACGUGCAGGCCACGCUCCUGUACGACAUGCGCGCCCGGAUGCACAACAUCUCGCUGCUGGUGGAGUGGGUGCGCCACAACCCGGGCUGCCUGAUCCCGGCCGAGAUGCGGCUGCAGCGGGAGAUGCACUACCCAGACGCCAAGCACGCUAAGGAGUGCCCCAUCGACUGCGCCUCCCUCUACUACAACGGGGCCCGGCGGUCCGGCAUCUACAGCAUCAUGCUGUCGGCGGAGGGGCUGCCCAUCGAGGUGCUCUGCGAGAUGGCCGUGGAAGGCGGAGGCUGGACUGUCAUCCAACAGCGGCUGGACGGCACAGUCGACUUCAACCGGACGUGGGCGGAGUACAAAGAAGGCUUUGGGGACUUGAACGGGGAAUUCUGGAUGGGCAACGAGAACAUCCACAAAAUCACCAGCCAGGGCGACUAUUCGCUUCGCAUCGACCUGGAAGACUGGAACAACAAGCACAAGCAUGCUUUCUAUCAGCUCUUCAGCAUCGAGGACGAGGUGAAUUAUUACCGCCUGCACGUGGAAGGCUUCAGCGGGACGGUGGAGGACUCCUUCGCCUGGUACCACAACAGGAGGAGCUUCAGCACGCCCGACUCGGGGAACGUCUGCGCGAGCAUCUCCCACGGGGGCUGGUGGUACCACCAGUGCUUCUUCUCCAACCUCAACGGCGUGUAUUACACAGGUGGCCGGUACUCCCUGAAAAACCGCAAGUCCCUGGGGCCCGAUGGCAUCGUGUGGUACUCCUGGAAGGACACGGAUUACUAUUCCCUCAAGAAGGUCACCAUGAUGAUCCGGCCCCGCACUUUCCGGCCCCACCUCUCCCCGUGA